CAUCAGCGAAAAUGCUGCCACAAGGAACCUUCCUGGGUUCCUUCACCUUUUUAUAUGUUAUCAGGCAGAUUCGAACCUUGCCUAUUUUAUACAACGACAACAAGCCAGGGAUAACCAUAAAACAUGCGGAAAGCGCAGAGAGAGUGAGGUUUGAAUAGGUAAAACCCAAACACACCACCAACAAAGGUAACAUCAUCGUACAUCUGUCGCCAUUAUCAAUCCUUGAAUCAACAUCCGUUUGUUUAAUUAAAAAAAAAAAAAAAACCCAGAGUUUUAAUAAUAAGGGAACAGAAGAAGAGAAAAACAAAAGUAAAAGAUGUACGUGAGAGCUGUGCCACCAACAGAUCUGAACAAGAACACAGAGUGGUUCACGUAUCCAGGAGUUUGGACCACUUAUAUCUUGAUCGUUUUCUUUUCAUGGCUCAUCGUUUUGUCUCUCUUUGGUUCCUCUCCUGGAACUGCUUGGACCGUUGUUCAUCUCUCCCAUUUCUUUGUUACGUAUCUCUUCUUUCACUGGAAAAAGGGAACACCAUUCGCUGAUGACCAAGGUAUCUACAAUGGAUUGACUUGGUGGGAGCAAAUAGACAAUGGCAAGCAACUCACUCGAAAUAGGAAGUUCUUGACUGUUGUACCUGUUGUGCUGUAUCUGAUCGCCUCACACACAACAGAUUAUCAAAACCCGAUGCUUUUCUUCAACACCCUGGCUGUUUUCGUUCUGGUGGUUGCAAAGUUCCCUAACAUGCACAAGGUCCGUAUAUUUGGAAUCAAUGCUGAUCAUUGAUCUGCGAAGGAAUCCAUGUCUUGUUUCUCUAGUACUAGGCUUCAUUAUUUUGUCAUUCCAAAGUAUAAUUGUAAUAUCCCUGUACAGGAAACUGAAAAGGGCAUUCUUGUUUCUCUUUAACGAAGUGAAUACGUAUACCUCCCUUUAUGGGAGGGAAAAAUACAUUCAUAGAGAGUAAUUUCUCACUUUGCAA